AUGCCGUUCACCUUCCCCACGCCUUGGCAGCCGCCCGUCGAGCCUGGCCAGGCCUUCCGCGAGAGCUGCACCAUGCAAGCGAUUGUGAGCGGCGUCGUCGGCGGCGGCGCUGGGCUCGUGCUGGGCGCUGUGCUCACCCCGCUCAACUCGCAGCUGCAACAAGAGACGGAGCACCUGCCUCUGCGUGAGCAGAUGCGGCGGGGGGUGAGGGAGAUGGGCUCGCAGUCGCGCUCCUGGGGAAAGAAUCUCCUCGUGAUCGGCGCCGUCUUCUCAGUCUCGGAAUGCUUUGUCGAAAAGUCGCGCGGACGCGUGUGCUGCCUCACCGGCGGCGUCCUCGCGGCCGGCGCGGGGCCGCAGGCGAUGGGCGUCGGCUGCGCUGGCUUCGCCGCUUUCUCGGCCGCGAUUGACGCUCUAGGAUUUGGGCACUUUGACUGA